AUGACCAACACCAAGAUCCCCACCUUUGACGAGCUCAAGAAGCGCGACGGCCCGCCCCUCAACGCCUGGGGCAUCUGGGGCGAGGACAACCAGCUCGGCCAGAUCAACCACCUCACGCCAGAGGCUGUCAAGCGCGGCCGUGACGCCAUCAAGCACGGCAAGGCCGUCAACCUGAACCUGAACAUGACGGAGUGGCAGUCGAUCAACCCGAUGCGUGACGGCCUCUCGCGCAAGAUCAACAACAAGAAGUUUGCCAACGACGAUAUUGUCUCCUUCAACACCCAGUUCGCGACGCAGUGGGACGGCUUCCGCCACUUCCCGUACCAGAACUACCCCGAGAAGGGGCAGUACACCUUCUACGGCGGCAUGACCGGCGACGAGGCGGCCGACAUCAACAACCCCCGCUACGGAGUGCAGAACUACUGCACGCACCCCAUCACCGGCCGCGGAGUCCUCCUCGACGUCGUCAAGUACAGGAAGGACAACGGGCUGCCCGAGCUCUCCCUCUUCGACACCUCUACCCCGGUCGGCCUGGACGAGCUCAAGGCCAUCGCCAAGGCGCAGGGCGUCGAGUUCAACAGCGGCGACAUCCUUAUUGUCCGUCUCGGAUUCCCGGAGAAGAUUCUUGCCAUGUCGGACGAGGAGCGCGAGGGUCUCAAGUCGAACAAGAAUGGAUGGUGCGGCAUCGACGCUACCGAGGACAUGAUCCGCUGGCACUGGGAGAACGAGUUCUCGGCCGUUGUUACCGACGGAUACGCGUACGAGGCUUACCCCUCCAAGUACCCCCUCAUCGCCCACGAGGUCUUCCUUGGAGGUUGGGGACUGCCCAUCGGAGAGCUCUUCGACCUUCGUCAGCUUUCGAAGGAGUGCGCGGAGAAGAAGCAGUACGAUUUCUUCUUCGCGUCGAUGCCCCUGAACAUUGACGGAGGGAUCGCUUCUCCGCCGAACGCGCAGGCUGUUCUUUGA